ACGCCCAUUACUCUUCAAUCAAUCUUCCCUAUAUAAUCCAAUACCUAAUCACUUUCUGGAUCUCAUCAGUUCCAAUCAGUAGCCAAUCAAUCAACAGAACAAAAUCAUCGUUCUCAAUUCGAUCGCUUAGCUUCUUACGUUGUACACGACCAGCAAUGGCUGAUGAUCCACAGGAUAUCGCGGACCGGGAGAAGAUCUUCACGCGCUUCGACACGAACGGCGACGGCAGAAUCUCGGCGGCGGAGCUAGGGGAGACACUGAAGACGCUGGGGUCGGUGACGGAGGAUGAAGUGAAGAACAUGAUGUCGGAGAUCGACACCGACGGCGACGGCUUCAUCUCCUUCGAAGAGUUCACGGAGUUCGCCCGAGCCAACCGGGGCUUGAUUAAAGAUGUCGUCAAAAUCUUCUAGUCAUCGCCGCCGAUCCGAUCUGCUAGUAUAUACAUAUAUGCUGUAACUUCCAAUAUUUUUUUCUUUCAUCACAUCAUGGUGGAUUUUUAUAUAUGCAUCUCUAUAUAUAUAUAUAUAUAAGAGUUGUCAGUGUCAAACAACGUUAAACUUACUGUAGAUCUUCAGCUAAUGAAUACAUGCAUUCUAGUCUCAUGUAGUUUUGUUAACAUAUCAUCAUAUUCAAUAAAAAAUUUUCCAUCUUUUCUUCGUCA